ACUGUCUUCUUUAUAUAUCAUAUCAUCGUCAUAUAUACAAAACACGACACGUAGAAAUAUACCAGAGAAAUACACUAACCGGGAAUAACACCACGACAUACUGACAUACUGAAACAAAUUACGGAAUAUCUCCAAAACCGCUGGAUUAUUAUUAUUAUCAAUAUUAUUAUUACUACUAUUAUAGUCAUUGAUAAUGGCCAAUACAUCUCCGACACAGAAUGAUGAAGCAAUCAAAGAACAAGCGAAGCCAAUCACACCGAUGGGAUACACAAAAGACGAGAUGAGAGAAUUCACACAACUACUAGUCAAAUACAAGAAUAUGUUGACGGACAGAGAAAGAAGUCAGCCAUCACUAAUGAUGAAAAAACAUAUGUGGAUGCAAUUCUCAGAAUAUCUCCACUCGAAGGGAUAUCCGAGACGACACUGGACUCGACUCCGUCAUAAGGGACAGAAAAUGCUGAGGGAGAUGGAUCUCACCAUGAAAGACAGACAGACGACAGUGUGUCCUGAUACUCCGAAGUCCUCUGAAUCCACCUCUGUUCAUCAAGUGGUGGUCAGUGUUAAUGGAGAUUCCCAUGUGAGUGGUCAGUGUACUCCGGUAUGUUCACAUUCCAUUAUGACAUGUUAAUCCUAUUGAAUGAAGGUAGGUAAUGUUGAGUCGAGUGUUGGUCAAUUAAGUCUUCCGUCACUGACUCCCUCACCAUGUGUUUGGAUAUCACCGGGACCCCACAUUAAUUCAACGCCUCCUAUGGUCUCCACUCACACAAGUCCCUCAAACACGAUGGGUCUGAGAAUUUUGAACGUCUACUCAAUAGCUCCUAUUCCCCAAGAUUUGUGUGUUCCAUACGACUCAGCGGAGAAGACUGUGAAGAGUGGGAAUAAGAGCGACGAGUUGACUAAUGGAGUUCUAGGACACAGUGGAGUGAAUGAAUCUGUGAGUGUUUCGAAUGGUGGUGAGGUGAAGGGUUGUCGUGUUGGCGAUGUUGGAGUUUGUGAACCAAGGUGUGUUGGAGGAGGUGGUUCUGGCGAGAGUGAGACUAUUGACUUGUCGGUGUCGAGUGAUGAGGAGAGUGUGGAGGAGAUGGAUGUGAAUGGAGUUGGUGAUGGGGGAGUGGGGACUGGCGAUGCAAGUGACCGGGGUUAUAGAUCUGAUGAUGAUGUGGAUGAUGGUGAGAGAAGACGACGUUCGGCUUUGAUGUUUGAGAAGCAGAUGAGAUAUCUGGAUUUGAAGAUAGAAGUUUUGGAAAUGCAAAAACGAUAUUGGUGUGAGAAGAUGAAUUCGAUGACGCCAUCUUGAAGACAGACUGAGGAAGUACACUCAAAUGAUAUACGCAUAAUUUUUCUUUAUUUCGAUAUUUGUUAAAUAAAUUUAGAUAUGAAUU